AUGGUUUUCCCCAUAGGUCUCACGCCCGCUGCAUGUUUUUACGGAUUCGAAAUGCUCAAGUUCGCCUUACUUCUGAUUUAUGCCACUGUUGAAGCGGCCUACAUCCCAGUGGACUUUUUUCGAUAUCCAUGGGUUAGUGUCUAUCACAUAGACUCCUACGAUGAUGUGGUCAGUAAAGGUCUCGUGAAUUUUACGGCCUUGGGUCAUUAUGGCGACGUCGAUUAUACAGGACUUGCUGUCGCAAAAGCGUCUGAGUUGUCCCAGACUCUCGGAAUAGUCCCUCAGAGCAUGCCCAAUACCGUGUACUAUGGCGGUGUCAAUGGUCUGUUGUCAAGCACUGAAGUCAAGAUAUCGACUCCUAUUAGAGGGCCUACCGACAUGGGAUCAUACGAUAGACUUUUCAAACCUCACUCGUUCUGGUUCGGCUGUUUGACUCUGUCAGCAAAGCCCGGUUCUUGCAACGUCACGGUCACCAGCUAUCAAUACGAACAGGCUGCGCAAACACAAGUCUUUAGAUUCGAAGCGUCUGCCACGGCUUUGAGCGUGAACAUGACCAAAGCAGUCUUCAGUGACGACUUUACUUUUGUUCAUGGUCUCAUUUUCACUACCUCCUUCGACACUGUGGGUGUUCUCGGUGCGACAGUCUUGGACAACUUCGAGUACACAUACAAUACUUAUUUGAUUGGUUGA